AUGGACAAGCAAAUAGUAUAUAAAGAAAAUAGGAGAAUACGUAAAGCUAUUCUUACUCAGCGAAGAAGUAAUCGAGGGCUUUCUUCUACAAAGUUUCAAAAUUGUGGCGAUCAUGCUUCUUCUUCAAAUUUUAAAACUAAUAAUACGCAGCAAAUAAAAAGGAAGCGCAAAGCUAAAUCUAUUGAUUGUGAAAGUGACUGUGGUGAGAUGCAGUUCAGUGUUUCAAGUGUACUAUUCAGAACAGAAGAAAAUACCACGCAAAAUAUAGAAUGUUUGUAUCUUGGAUUACCAGAAUAUGAAUGUCAGUCAUGUGGAGCUUUACUUUGGUAUUCAGAAAGAGUUUAUAAAUCUCACAAUGACACUGUUCCAAAAUUUGCACUAUGCUGUCAGGAAGGGAAGGUUUCUUUACCAUUAUUGCAAAAUUCACCUGAUUUCCUAUAUUCUCUAUUGGACUAUAGAGGUUCUGCUACAUCCGCAAGCUUUCGACAGAAUAUACGUGCAUACAAUUCUAUAUUUGCAUUUACAUCUAUUGGGGCAAAGAUUGAUACCGAGAUAAAUAGAAGAACAGGACCGUAUGUGUUCAAAAUUAGCGGGCAAAACUAUCACAGAAUGGGUUCGUUACUUCCAUUUGAUGGACAACGUCCGAAGUUUGCUCAGUUAUAUAUUUAUGAUACUGAGAACGAAAUUGAUAAUAGGAUGAAAGCAUUCAACAAUAUCGAUGAGAUUCGAAAUAUUGAUAGAACUGUUGUUCAACAUCUAAUAGAAAUGUUUGAUUGCAAAAAUGAAUUAGUCAAAGUAUUUCGAAUGGCAAGAGAUCGUUUCAGACAAAUUGAUUAUAUGCCCAUUCGUUUGAGACUNGACAACGUCCGAAAAUAUACUGCUCCAACAGCUUCUGAAAUUGCUGGUUUAAUAGUUGAUGACUUCGGUUCUGCUGAUCGUCAGCGAGAUAUUGUUGUUGAAUAUAAGACAUCAAAGUUGCAGCGUAUUAGUGAUUUACACCCUUCUUUUAUGUCUAUGCAAUAUCCGAUUCUAUUUCCAUAUGGAGAAGAUGGCUUCAGGAUAGAGGAACGACUUAAUUAUAUUAGAAGAAAUCAGUCGGACUUGCGGUUGGAAGUUUAUAAAGGUAUUAAGGAUGCUGUUGUUGCAGGCGAUGUUGACGGAAACGCUAUUGGAAAAAAGAUUAUUUUGCCGUCUAGCUUUAUUGCAGAAAUACAAGAUGCUUUACAGUUCAUUUCGGGUCAAAAAGCUGAGGAUCGUCCUGACAUUAUUUGUAGAGUUUUUAAGAUGAAAGUUGAUGCAUUGAUGUCGGAUAUAAAAAAAGAAAUUUUCUUUGGAAAAUCUGUCGCUGAUUUAUACACGAUUGAAUUUCAAAAAAGAGGUCUUCCGCAUGUGCAUAUAUUGGUCUGGCUCAGUGUGGAAAACAAACUACCAAAAGCUGCAGAUAUUGAUUCGACUAUUUCUGCAGAAAUUCUAGAUAAAAAUAUUAAUCCCAUUGGAUAUGCAACGGUUACAAAGUUUAUGAUCCAUGGGCCAUGUGGAUUGGUGAAUUCGAAAGCACCGUGCAUGAGCAAAGGUCAAUGCUCCAAGCAUUUUCCAAAAGAAUUUAGAGCAGAAACAUUAUUUGAUGAAAAUGGAUUUGCUAUAUAUAGAAGAAGGAAUGACGGAAGAUAUACUACAAAAAAUGGAAUUGAUCUUGACAACAGAUACGUUUUGCCUUAUCAUCUACAACUACUUCUCAAGUAUCAGGCUCACAUUAAUGUAGAAUGGUGCAACAAGUCAAUGCUUAUCAAAUAUUUAUUUAAGUAUAUAAAUAAAGGGCCAGAUCGAAUACAAGCAGUAAUUGAAGAUAAUCAGUUGCCAACUACUCCGAACACCAUACAGCAACAUUAUGAAGCAGAUGAAAUAAAGAAGUAUUUAGAUUGUAGAUAUUUAUCAGCAUAUGAAGCUGCUUGGAGACUAUUUGAAUUUGAUAUACAUCGUCGAGAACCCACAGUUGAGCGAUUAACUAUUCAUAUGCCAUUGAUGAACAAUGUUGUAUAUCAUGAAGAACAAAAUUUAGUUGACGUUAUGAAUCGAUGUAAUGUCAGAAAAACUAUGUUUACGGAAUGGAUGGCAACAAACCAACUUCACGACGAUGCUUGCGAACUAACUUAUGUAGAAUUCCCUACGAAAUGGGUUUGGCAUUCAUCCGACAAAUUUUGGUCCAGAAGAAAAAGGGGAAAUCGUAUUGGAAGAGUUGUUUAUAUACAUCCGAAUUCGGGAGAGCUUUAUUUUUUGAGAAUGCUUUUAAGCUUAAUUAAGGGUGCCAAAACUUAUGAAGAACUCAGGACUGUUAACGGUGUUGUUUAUGAAACAUUUCGUGCUGCAUGUGAUGCUCUUGGUUUGCUUGGAGAUGACUUAGAAUGGCGCCAGGCAUUGGAUGAAGCAUCUUAUUGGUCUUCUGCUUCAGAUUUAAGACAUCUUUUUGUUUCUAUAAUUAUAUUUUGUGAGGUGGCCGAACCUACAAAGCUAUUGGAUGAUUAUUGGAGAUUAAUGUCUGAUGAUAUUGUAUAUAGAUUAAAAAAUCUCUUAGCAGUUCAGAGCCUUAAAAUGCCUCAGGAAGAAUUACAAAAUUAUGUCUUAUGUGAAUUAGAUAUAUUAUUCAAUAAAAAUGGCAGCUCGCUCUCUCAAUUCAGACUUCCUAUUCCAAACAGAAUAGUUAUGGAAGAUAUUAGCAAUAGACUUCUGAGAGAAGAAAUGGAUUACGACACAGAUAUGUUGAGAAGUGAACAUGAGAACUUAUACAAAGGUUUGACGCAUGAACAACUAACUAUAUAUCGCUCUGUUUUAGCAUCUGUUUAUGAAAAUAAAGGAGGUGUUUUUUUUGUAUAUGGUCACGGUGGAACAGGAAAGACUUAUCUUUGGAGAACAAUAAUUGCAAAGCUACGAUCAGAAAGUAAAAUCGUCUUGGCUGUAGCUUCAUCGGGAAUCGCAUCGCUUCUACUUCCUGGUGGCCGAACGGCUCAUUCGAGAUUUAAAAUACCUAUUAAAGUUGACGACUUCUCGACGUGCGAAAUAAAGAAGGGCACACAGCUUGCAAAAUUGCUCAAUCAUACUAGCUUAAUUAUAUGGGAUGAAGCACCAAUGAAUCACAGAAAUUGUUUCGAAGCUUUAGAUAAAUCAUUAAAGGAUGUGCUUGAAACAGAUGAUAUUACUAUUACAGGAAAACUAUUCGGAGGAAAAACUAUUUUACUUGGAGGAGAUUUCAGACAGAUACUACCUGUUAUUGUCGGCGGAACAAAACAGGAUAUAAUAAAUGCAUCAAUUACAAGAUCAUACAUAUGGAAUGAUUGCUACAUUUUUCGGCUCACAAUGAACAUGAGAUUGCAUAAAUGUUCAGAAAAUACAGCAGCACAAGAAGAUAUCUUAAGUUUUGCCAAAUGGAUACUUGACUUGGGCGACGGCAAAUUGGACGCUAUUAAGUUGGAAAAUGAAGAAGAACCUACUUGGAUUAAGAUACCCGACGACAUGCUUAUUAAAAAUAGCGGCGAUAGUAUUAGAGAUAUUGUUUUGGCAAUUUAUCACGAUCUCGAGCAUAAUUAUAAUAAUUCUUCGUAUUUGAGAGACAGGGCUAUAAUCGCACCUAUCAAUGAUUUGUCAGAUGAAGUAAAUACGUAUGUCUUAUCUUUAAUUCCAGGUGAAGAAAAAUGCUAUAUGAGUUCCGAUUCAAUUUGCAGCUCAUCAGGGAAUACUGAAGAAAUUGAUAUCCUAUACCCAGUUGAUUUCUUAAAUUCUCUGAAGUUUAAUGGUGUACCUCAUCAUGAAUUGAAACUAAAAGUUGGUUGUCCUAUAAUGCUGCUGCGCAAUAUAAGUCAACAUUCAGGACUUUGUAAUGGAACCAGAUUAAUUGUUACUCAAUUAGCAUCAAAAGUUAUAGAAGCCGAAAUUUUUACAGGAAAUCAUUCUGGUCAGAAAGUGUAUAUUCCUAGAAUUCUAACACAUGUGACAGAAACAAAGUGGCCAUUUGUUUUGAAAAGAAGGCAAUUUCCUAUUCGUUUGUGUUAUGCCAUGACAAUCAACAAAAGUCAAGGACAGACACUUCAAUAUGUUGGCUUAUAUCUUCGAAGACCAGUAUUUUCACAUGGUCAACUUUAUGUUGGAGUUUCACGAGUUACCUCACGCAAAGGGAUAUCGAACAAUGACAUUUACUCUUCUAAAGGAACUGCAUUCGGUGCAACGGGAUACUCAAUGCAAGCAACUAUUCGCAAACAUGAUGCAGACAACUUUAAAUCUUUGAUUGAUGAAGAUCAGUACAAAUUAGAUGCUGUUGUUGAUGAUGAAAUUGCGACGACAAACUUCAUAAUUUUUGGUAAAAUAGCUCAAGAACUUAUACGCAUCCCUGCUCAACAACUUGCAAUCGCCGCAAAUGCAGAUAAAUUUGUUCUUCCUUCUGUUUUUAAGAAUGUUGUUGGCCAGACUUAUAUUUUUCAAAUCUCUAUUGAUUCUCGGAGAUCAAACAUAAAUGCGCAGUCGUUUAAAGUUACGAAGAUUUUCAUAGAUGAUCUAGACACAAAAGGAAAAAAAAAGAUAUAUACGAAAGAUGCUGAAGAUACUCUAGAAGAAACUAAUGAUGAUCAUACUACUCAUACAUCUCAGAAUGAUUCAGGACCUGAAAUAGUUGAAGAUCCAAUAAUACAAACAAUGAGCUCUCAAUCAAUCCUCGAAACACCAAUAUCCCGAAAAGGAAAAAGACUUUUUAGAUUAAUACGUUUUGGAGGCAGAAGCAGCUCGGAAGUCGAGAGAGCAGACUGGACAUCUCCUGCGGAGGUCCACGACCACCACCACCACCACCACCACCGCUGCCGCAACUGGAGCCUGCUGGCUGGUGCUGGUGCUGCUGCUGCUGCUGGGCAGGUCGUGAUGGGAACAUCAAACCCUCCGCAUUAA